UGAGCUUCUGAGAGGACUUGUCUGAGAAGGGAACCGUCUGUCCUUCUGUCCAUCGGCAUGGAACCGAAGCAGAUCAGGGAGGGCUACCUUGUGAAAAAGGGGAGCRUGUUUAACACCUGGAAAGCCAUGUGGGUCGUAUUGUUAGAAGAUGGAAUUGAAUUCUACAAGAAGAAAAGUGACAACAGCCCCAAAGGGAUGAUCCCCCUGAAAGGAAGCACUCUGAUGAGCUCUUGUCAGGACUUUGCCAAGAGGAUGUUUGUGUUUAAGAUUACUACCACCAAACAGCAGGACCACUUCUUCCAGGCAAGCUUCCUGGAGGAGAGAGAUGCUUGGGUUAAGGACAUCAAGAGAGCCAUUAAAUGCAUUGAAGGAGGCCAGAAGUUUGCAAGGAAAUCCACAAGGAGGUCCAUUCGUCUGCCAGAAACCAUCGAYUUAGGUGCCUUAUAUUUGUCCAUGAAAGACACUGAAAGAGGAAUAAAAGAGCUGAAUCUAGAAAAGGACAAGAAGGUUUUUAACCACUGUUUCACAGGUAGCUGUGUCAUCGACUGGUUGGUAUCCAACAAAUCUAUUCGGAAUCGCCAGGAAGGCCUCAUGAUUGCCUCAUCACUGCUCAAUGAAGGCUAUCUGCAGCCUGCUGGAGACCUGUCCAAGAACGCAGCGGAUGGGAUUGCUGAGAACCCUUUCCUGGACAACCCGGAUGCCUUCUACUACUUUCCAGACAGUGGGUUCUUCUGUGAAGAGAAUUCCAGUGAUGAUGAUGAUGUGAUUCUGAAAGAAGAAUUCAGAGGGAUGAUUAUCAAGCAGGGAUGUUUACUGAAGCAGGGGCAUAGGAGGAAAAACUGGAAAGUGAGAAAAUUUGUUCUUCGAGAAGACCCUGCCUACCUGCACUACUAUGACCCUGCUGGGGGGGAAGAUCCCUUGGGAGCAGUUCACUUGAGAGGCUGUGUGGUGACUUCAGUGGAGAGUAACACAGAUGGCAGGAAGAGUGAUGAAGAGAACCUUUUCGAGAUCAUCACGGCUGAUGAAGUUCAUUAUUUCUUGCAAGCGGCCACCCCCAAGGAACGCACAGAGUGGAUCAAAGCCAUCCAGGUGGCCUCUCGGACUGGGAAAUGAAGACAUGUCUGCAAGUCCUCAUGCCCUCCAGAGAGAAGCCCUUGUAUAAGCUUGGUCCAGGACCUGUCCACUUCUGUGACAUUUCUACUGGAAAGGGUCAGGGGUGGGAAGUUUUUGCCAGAAUGUAGCUAGCCAUGUGCUACAUGAUGUUCACCUGCACUGCCUCUCUCCCUGCAGCCUCUGUCCCACUCCAUGUCCCCGAGUCAUAUGACAAGCUGUGUGUCCUGGGUAGACUGUUUAACCUUUCCAGGCUUCAGG